CAAAUCAAGCAAACAGCUAGAUGGUGCUCAGCCCUUCGGCCCUAUCUCAGGUCAGCAUUAACAAUUCUACUUUUAAGGGCAAAAUAUGUCAAGCACUGAUCCAGUCAUGAAUGAAACAGAGGUACGUCAUCGUGGCGACUUCUGCGGGACGUUAAGUCGAAGCGGGUGUCAGCGGACUGUCAGCGCUCACAGACACGGCGAGCAGAAUGAGCUCAGGGGAAGAGAAAGAGCACACAGCACCUCCACAGCAGAGCCUGCACCAGAGGCUGCAUUGGUGGAUGACUGCGAGAGGCUUGGCUCUCUGUUCGGAGAGCUCAAUAAGUGUUUGAGGAGUAUUGGCUUCACCCAGCUGUACUUUGGAGAGAAGAUUGUGGAGCCUGUGGUCGUUCUGGUUUUUUGGUUGCUGCUCUGGUUUCUUGGUAUCCAAGCUCUCGGCCUUGUGGGAACUCUAUGCAUUGUUAUCAUUUAUAUCCAGAAAUAACAGAUGAGAAGUGAUGGACAGAUGAUGCAACCGACAUGCUUUUGCUGGUCAGAGCCAUGCCAAUGGUUGUCAUUGGAGCAUAUUACCCACAAACUUGGGUCUCUGUGUUUGCCUUCUUAAUAUGUGGUUAUGCAGGAGAGGGUAAGUGAUUGAAGAUAAUAAGAGGAUCUAAUUUUAAUAAAAAAUUUAAUUUUCCUCCAGUCUAUGCACAGUUGUGCACUCUGUAGUAUAUAGGAAAGGUUUUUCUGAUAAGCAUGCUUCCAUUAAAUAUUUGCAUUGACAAAAUGGUUGCAUAUUGGUAUGCUGACUACCACUAGUAUAAAGUAAAGGACCUAUAAAUGUAAAGAACAUUAAUCUAACCUGAUUCUACAUAUCUGAUAUACAGUUAUUUAAUAUGACAAUGGUGCAGUUGAUGAAUGUAUGCUCUUCUUUGCCCAGGUGUCAGCCUUGCAUUCUCCACACAAUUGCACUAGAGGGCAACCUUCCUCAUGCUCCCCUUAAAUUGUAUUGAGAAACAUACCAGACAACAGUAAUCCUUGAAUGUGUUCAUACUACUGCAUGCAAAUAUUUUAGGGCUCUUUGGGAUAUCUUACAGUUCAUGGAUGUCUCUGACAGUAUGAUUUAAAGUGAAUUAGGCAAAAUGCCCCUAUAGUCAAAGAAACCUUACCUCUAGAUCACCAGGUUAUGCGCUGUAAUCCUGUUUGUAUUCAUUCAUUGUAUAUUUUGCUAAUAUUUUCUUUAUUCUUAUCAAUUGCUUUUACUUAGAUCUCUUUGUUCAUAAAAGUAUGUUGCUAGAUCAGUUUAAUUUAAAUUAAAGAAUAAUUAAUUUUGUCAUAAUUGACAAAUGCAGUAUGCAUUAAAGUUCUGCUUGUUAGACUACCUUAGUUUUGGAUGACCCAUGUUCAGGAUCACAAGUUAUGUAAAUGUAUGUUUUACAUGCCCUGUUUUCUUUAUGCAAAUAAUAUCUGUGAAAAUGAAUGAAUGAACGCUAACUUUUUAAGCAAGUUUUGUGCUGCUAUUUGUAUAACUGUGAAUAUAUUUGCAAGAUGGCAUGACCUUAUACAUUCAUGAAAAUCUUGUCUGAAUUGUAUGUAAUUCAUGAUUAUCUGUGGUACUGCUUUUAAACAAAAUAAUUGAUUCUGUAUAAAAUAAUACAGUUUAUAAUUGCUGAUGCAAUGCCACUAAACUGGAAUUAGCUUUUAUAUAUACAGUAUAUCAUUAUUUUCUUUUCAAUGUGAAUCAGGGACAGUUUGCAACAGUGCUAAUGCCGUGUUGCCAUGAAUCAUACCAUGUGCCAUAAUUUACAUAUCAUUUAUGCUGCAAUGCCGUUUCGUUUUUGUG